AUAACUUGUGUUUUACUGUUUAUAUAGAAACAAGGAUCGGAUGACGUUUGGUUUUUUAAGACAAGUUUUUUACCUGAUAAAAAUCGUGACAGGCUUGAUCGGUUUUAUUGUGUACAGAAGUAAAAGCAAACGGUACAUUACUGGAAACAGAUUUUAAAAAAAAAAGACAUUCUGAAUGGAUUGUGGUCUGACAAAUUAUAAUUCAAAACGGGGUGAUUUAUAGCAUUGGAUCUUGGGGACAAUAUAGUUUAAGGAAUAAGAAUUGUAGUUGAUAAAGUUGUCUUACGGUGAAUUAAAAUCAGAUAGGAUAACGGAUAGAUUUGUUUAUAUUGCGUAAUUAAUAUUUUUGGCAAUUCGCAUACACUGUGUUAUAUAGUGUUGUAAAAAUUCAGUCGAAAGCACGAACGAAAGUAGACUAUUGCGAUACAAGUGUUUGGUGAUUUUCAGAAGAGUAUAUUUUUAUUGUACAGUACAAAAGUAGAAUAGAAAAUAAAGGCAACAGUAGUAUACCGCUGUUGAACGAAGAACUGUACUGUCGUGUUACUGAACUCGUUCAGGAUUUCAUUUAAUUUAUAAAAUGGACUUCAAGACUGAAAAAAGUAUAACUUCUGGUAAAACCUAUGUUCCAUCAAAGGUUAACAUCAGUAGUAAGAAUGGUCUCUAUGAAGUACAAACUUAUAACCCAAGUUCAACCAUCGAUCCGUUCGAAAAGAAGAAAACUAAUACACUUAGUGAGCCUACCGACCCGUUCAAGCAAAAGACAGGGUAUUCCCCUACACGGACGACAGAUGACAUUGCAAAACGGAAGAUCGAGGAUUACCAGGGCCACAAAUACGAUACGUUUUAUGAUUAUGGAUUUCCCAAUGAUAAAGAUAAAGAAAAGAGAAAACAGGAACCAAAGAAGCCCAAACCAAAGCCUGAACCAAAAGUGGACCGGAAACCAAAACAUGUCGAAAGAGCGGAAUCUCCGUUUCCAUACAACGCAUCAAAAAGUGUUUCGCGGACUUUCAUGUUGAUGACAAAAGGCAAUCGAGUCAGACCCGAGGGAACAAGCUUCAAAACGACAGAUGAAUUCGACUGAGAUUAAACGGUUGUUGGACAUCGGAUUUGUGCAAUAUUAAUAUUACUUAUGUGCAUGUUUAAAUCACAUUUAUAUAUACAGUCAGUUGCAGAGCAGUGAUUUGGCAGACAUCACGACUGAAAUGUGCGUCAAGUUUAUAAACUACCAACAAAGACGGUACUCAGAAUAUUUGUGUAUGAACAAAUGAAUGUGUGUCGUAACUGUUAUUUUGAAUUAUUUUGUGCAAAAUGUCAUAGAAGUUUACAACUAUAUGUCACCGUACAGCCUGUACGUAUAUUUACGUUACAACUAUUGACCACCGUGCGGCCUUCAAGUAUAUUUCCAAAUAUAGACAACCAUACGGUAUUUAUUACUUUUCGAUACCGUUUUUAAGUACAUGUUUUGGAAGGAACCCUUUUUUAAAAAUCCUUGGAACUUUUACUGCCUUCUCAAGUCAGACUUGUUGAAUUAAAAUACUUUGCUUGCAUGGACCUGGCGUUUAUAAUCCGGGGAAUGCAUCCAAAUAUACCGCUAUAACUAAAUUUAUCAAUAAAUAAUCAAACUAAGGCUUCUAAACAUAGUCUUGUUUAUAUGAAUGUAUGUGCGGAUUGGGUGCAAAUACAUCAGGUAUAACACCAGUUUUAGUUUGAAAUAUCAAAAGCUCUGGUGUAAACCUAAGAGAGUUUAUAGU